CAUCCAUGAUAAUCCAUCUAUCAAUCCGUCAUUUGAGUGUCAUGUCAAUGCGACAGAUAAUAUACGUUUAAUAAAUCAUUAAGUCGUAAAUGCGAUUAGCAAAAUUUAAGAACACGAAAGAAUCAAUCAUGUGAAGAUAAAACAUAAAUCUCGCGGUUUCUUUUCGCGUACGUCAGAAAAAUUUAUCGUCCAAGAAGAAAACAUCAUCAUGUCGGCGCUGAAGAGGGAGGAGGCUCCCCAAGUCUUUAGGGAGGCUAUUCUUUAUCGAGAAUGGGGCUAUCGACUGGCCGCUCUUGGUAGACACUUCGUGGCCAUACAUUAUUUCGAGAAGGCGUCCAAAUCAGCCGAGGCCGAGGAUCUUAGAACGUUGAUCGGCCUCUACAGAGCGCUCAUCAAGUGCACGAAAUAUUUCGCGGCGGAAAAACUGUCGGAGAGAUGUAUGAGAAGGUAUCCCGGCCAUUAUAAAGUGCGGCAGAUGCGAAUGGAGGCGCUUUUCCAGAUCGGCAAGUUCGGUCACAGUCUGGUUCACGCGUACGAGGGCAUGCGGCGGCACGGGGUGACCUUUGAGCACGGCGUCUAUCAGGCAAACGAGACCAUCGAAGAUUGCAUCGGCCGGAACACGUCGCCCGUCGCGCUGCUGCUGCUCUACCCGUGGAUACGGCGUCUGUGGCAGCACCGCGAGCUCCUGAUCGACAAGCUCGACGAGGAGGAGGACGAGCUCGAAGGUGUAGUCGCGGAGGAUGAGGUGAGAUUCAAGGUGAACGAUCCCGAGGUGCAGCGGCAGACGCGAAUGAAAAGGCUCAACCGUAUCAUAGCGCGAAUGGAUAUGGGUUACCUGACGAUCGAUAGGGAUUUCCUCGAGGAGAUGAUGAGCCGGCCGGAGAUCGUCUCCUCGCACAGCAAGAGGUCGAUCGCCGAGCUGCUCGCUCUCGCGAGUACGUGCCAUCGUAACGCGACGUACCUGCAGAAUCUUCUGCGCAUGAGACGGCCGUUCUACGUCACCCUGUUCCGACGGCGUAAGAUCUCGAAGGGGUGCAGAACGAUGAUGGAACGGGAGAGAAAAUUGCGGAGGAACGUCGUCGUCGUAAAGGCGGAUUUUCUCCUGCGCCUCCUGCAAGCCGCGAGGAUCAACAAGGACUAUCCGACCUUCUUCAAGCUCGUCGAUCACGUCAAGGACAGCUUCGACGCGUACUCGGACAGGAUGUUCCCGCUGAAGCAACGGUGCCUGGACGCGCUGUACAAGACGGUGGCACGGGUGUACAUUGACACGCGUAAUUUGACGUCUCUGGACAACGAGGAAAUGAAGACGAGGUAUGUGAAGCAUCACCUGGGGAUACGGGUUGCAACGCUGCCCCGCGACAUCGAUCUCGCAUGGAUGCCGACUGUGAACUCGAAGGAGACGCUGAAGAUGUUCCGGAGGAGAUUAGCUAUGGCAUCCGCGCCGCUCGAGCUCGCCUGGCUGCAUCAUGAAUUUUGCAAGUUUCUCAUCGACAUACACCGCCUCGACAUGGCCAGAUUCUACGCCAAGAAGGGACGGGACAUGGCGCGGGCGGCGAAAUGCGACGAAUGGGUGCUGAACAUCGAUCACCUGAUGCUGCGAAUCGAGGUCCAUCAGAAUAACCGGAACGAGGCGCGAGACAUCGCGAUUCAAGCGCUCGCGCACGCCAAAACGCUCAAUAUCGAUUGUCUGAUAGAUUUCUAUGAAAGGGUCGUGAGGAUCGUGGACGAGCUGGACGUGGAGCGUAGCGGUGACUUUGACGGCAUCGCGGCCAGGCAGCAGCUUAUCCUCGAGCUGAUGCCGAAGGAGAUGAGGGGAGAGGUGGAUUUUCUGUGGCGGCGAAUGGACGUCGUGCCCGCCGAGAGGCGACUCUCCGUCAUGCCGGGCUGCAAGCCGAUCGAUCGAAAGUUCAAAAUGCCGUCCACGCGAAGAACGAUAUUACCCAGCCCGCCGAAGGACCCGGAGAGGGACGCCAGGAUCGCUUUGUUGCGGCAGCACGCCCCGCCGCGCAGGCGACCGGGUUUUGUGAAUUUUCAAGAGUACGAUUAA